UCCCGUUGCAUCCUCCCUACUCUUUCUUUCCCUCUUCUCAGUCAGCUCCCGACUCUCAUCAGAGCCUCAAAGAUAAGAUUUUUCCACUGAAAAAUCCAACCUUUUUCAGCUUCGUCGCACGACCCAACUGGCAGCUCCAUGGCCUUCGUCUUCCAAGUGAUCUAGGAAGCUUCUUCUGCAACUUCCCGCCCCGAUGAUGAGCUCCUCCGCCGCAACGUUUCGCGGCCAUCUGGUGACAAUCUCGCGGUGCAGCUCCUGCUGCGACCUGCUGUUCCAGCCUUGUUUCGCCUCCGCCGCAUUUCCCCACCGGAGCAUUUUGAAGCUUCAGAAGUUGUCUAGUUCUACGGUGAGAGUUUGCCGACCGAGGGAGGUUUUGUGCAGACUGGCCGACACGGAGACAGAACCGGAGAGCAAUGACGAUAAGGAAGAAGAAGCACAUGAAGAUGAUGAAAAUCCGCCUUCGGGUGGUUCUUUGAUGGAAGAGGAGCAGGCUGACUCUCGGCCUUCCAUCAAUGAUGCAGUGAAUAAGGCUGAAGGUGGUGCCCAGCAGGGUGUUGAUGAUGAACCAAUUGCAAGUGGGUCACCUUUGCCUGGUCUGAGGCCUCAGCAACUGGAUGAGUCUAUGAGAAUCCCGAAAGAAACAAUUGAUAUUCUUAAGGAUCAAGUAUUUGGUUUUGAUACCUUUUUCGUUACCAGCCAGGAGCCAUAUGAGGGCGGUGUGCUGUUCAAAGGUAAUCUAAGAGGGAAGCCUGCUACGAGCUAUGAAAAGAUAACAAUAAGGAUGCAGAACAAUUUUGGAGAUCAAUAUAAGCUUUUCCUGCUAAUCAAUCCCGAGGAUGAUAAACCUGUUGCAGUUGUUGUUCCAAGAAAGACCUUGCAGCCGGAGACAACUGCGGUCCCUGAAUGGUUUGCUGCCGGUGCAUUUGGAUUAGUGACAGUGUUCACCUUGCUUCUCAGAAAUGUACCUGCAUUGCAGUCCAACUUAUUGAACUCUUUUGACAAUCUUGAGUUGUUAAAGGAUGGGAUACCCGGAGCACUCAUGACUGCCCUUAUUCUAGGGGUUCACGAACUUGGCCAUUUCUUGGUGGCAAAUAGUGUUGGAGUCAAGCUUGGAGUCCCAUACUUUGUCCCCAGUUGGCAGAUAGGCUCUUUUGGGGCAAUAACAAGGAUUGUGAAUAUCGUACCCAAGCGUGAAGAUCUUCUGAAGGUUGCAGGAGCUGGUCCUUUAGCAGGAUUUUCCUUGGGCCUCAUUCUUUUGCUAUUGGGUUUCAUUUUGCCUCCUGCUGAUGGCAUUGGUGUUAUAGUCGAUGCGUCUGUGUUCCACGAGUCCUUUCUUGCUGGUGGAAUAGCUAAGCUCCUUCUUGGUGAUGUUCUGAAGGAAGGGACUCCCUUAUCUGUCAACCCACUUGUUCUAUGGGCAUGGGCUGGACUUCUCAUCAAUGCUAUUAACAGCAUCCCUGCCGGUGAAACCGAUGGAGGGCGAAUAUCUUUUGCCAUUUGGGGAAGAAAGGCCUCUGCUCGAUUCACAGCUGCCUCAAUCGUGCUUCUCGGGCUGUCUUCCCUAUUCAAUGAUGUGGCAUUCUACUGGGUAGUUCUGAUCUUCUUUCUACAAAGGGGCCCGAUAGCUCCCCUUUCUGAGGAAAUCACCGAUCCUGAAGACAAGUAUGUUGCCCUCGGAAUAUUAGUUUUGUUGUUAGGAUUGCUGGUAUGCUUACCCUACCCUUUUCCAUUCACAGAUGAAACAAUGAUCGGUUUCUAGCUCUUGAUAGAAUUCUCAUUGUCAUACAGUCUAGUUGAUUUGUUAUACAAGUAGGUGGCAUAAACAGGGGAGCUUCCCCGUUUUUGUAUCAUUUAUAAUACAGAGUGAUAUAUCCGAGUCCUCCUUUAUGUCCGUACAUUCUCAAAAUCCAUUGCGAGGGUGCGUGCCAUUAUAUUUGCAUUUUGGAUGUUUUCCUUCUA